GCAACUUUAGUAAACUUUACCAGGGCGAAGGAUGCCAGGAUUUCCAAAUUUGUGUGUAAAUGUUUCAAAUUGAGCUUGUUAGUGCUUCAUAAAUCUUUGUCUACAAACCGAAUAUUUUGACCUAUUGUAAAAUUGUUGUCCUUGCAUAUCUACACAUUAUUGGAAUACAAUAUUUUUGCACAACACAAACAAAAAAACAUAUUUCUUGGUAAUAUUAGGCAAUUCGAACACUUGACAGACUCUCCAGAAUACCAAACGAUACGCAUAACAGGUAAAACUACCGUUCGUACCUGAAGCAGGAACAAUUAAAAUAUUGCGAAGUAGGACGUGGAAAAAAAACUCACUUCAGCCGCGAGCCGGACGAGGAAACUUUUACCAAUACGGAAAUGGAGCGACGAUAUUUAAAGAAUCCGUUCCAAGAUUUCCUUGACGGCGAGAACACGGCGUUCGCCAGCGAUGAGGAACACAUAAAAAAUCUCAUCUGUACCUACGUGGAUACUAUUUUGGAGCAUUGUCAUCCGAACAGUGACGACGAGGACGACCGUGGGGAUUUGUAUGUGGGCAAUGCCGGCAUCGCCUUCAUGUUCUGGAAGCUGGCCAGCUGCGAGCAGACGCGGGACCUCUACCCCCCAGCACUACAACAUGCAUCCGCCUUCAUUCGAAAUGCCAAAGCGAAUGCCGAGCGCUUUAAGAAACGGUCUGCCGAGCGCUACUCCUUUCUCUGUGGCAAUGCUGGAAUAUAUGCCGUCUCCGCAGCCAUAUCACAGGCAAUCAAGGACACCGAGGAGCUUUCCAACGACCUGGCGAACUUCAAGUCGGGCAUUCCUUCCAGCAAGGAGUUCAUUCACACCAAAUACGGCUGUGAUGAGGUGUUGGUGGGACGAGCCGGCUAUCUCUCCGGCUGCUAUUGGCUGAACGACGUUUUACCCGAUAAGAAGAUCACCGACGACGACUUAAUCUCCAUUUGCCAGCUGAUUGUGACCAGCGGUCGCGAGUACAGCAAGAUGAACAAUUCCCCUUUGCCGCUGAUGUUUCAGUACCAUGGAACAGAGUACUUGGGAGCUGCCCACGGACUGUGUGCUAUUCUGCAUAUGCUGCUAGACAGUCCAUGGUUUCGCACAGUGCCAAUAUCGGCUCCGGCAGCCGAGUUGCGUGAAAUUAAGCGCUCCAUUGACUACUUUCUCGUGCUACAGGACGCCGACGGCAACUUUCCGGUGGCCCUAGAAGACUUGCGGUCGGGAAGGGACAAGCGCCUUGUGCACUGGUGCCACGGCGCUCCGGGGGCGGUCUAUAUGCUUGCCAAGGCCUACUUGAUAUUUAAGGAGGAGAAGUAUUUAACGUCAUUGCGUCGCUCGGCCGAUUUGGUCUGGAAAAAGGGAUUCCUUCGCAAAGGUCCAGGCAUCUGCCACGGAGUAGCUGGCAACGGCUAUGUGUUUUUGCUUCUAUUCCGACUGACCAACGAAAUGAAGUACCUUUACAGGGCGCACAAGUUCAUGGAGCUGUUGACCAACUCUGAAUUCAAGCAAAGGGCUCGGAUACCUGAUAACCCACACAGCCUGUAUGAGGGAGUCGCCGGCACUGUCUGCUUUCUGGUAGAUAUACUAGAACCGGAACAGGCCUACUUUCCCUUCAUGGAUGUCUUUCACUAAACCCUCAAUAUCCGAAUACCUCAAGGCCAAAGAUCAGACCUAGGUCCGCGGCCUACGCAUGCUCAAAGCGGCUUCAAAAUUGGUGGGCUUAUCAUUAUUUCUAGUCAUUUUUUGCCUAUUUUUCUCGCCAGACGCAAGGUAAUUGCGUUUACCAAAUGAGCUCCUGUUUAUGGUAAUCCUAAAACGAUUUCAGAUCUUCCAGUGAGCGCAGCAAAUGCAGGAAUGCUCUCAGUCAUUCGCAUAUCCAUAUUAUUUUCGCUUUAAGCUAAACAAUUAACAUAAUGCAUACAACUUAUACACACAAAUAUUACAUAAAUAUACAUUAUAUUUAUAUACAUACUAUAUACAUAUACUUGCGAUGACAUCUACAUAUAUACAGACACAUACAUACGAGUACUUACCUGCAUAAUAGGCUUUAUACCAAUGUGUUACUCACGAUGAACUCCAAGUCUUUUGUCAAUGAAAAUCAAAUAAAUAAUUGUGCUAUUUUAUACAGAUAUUUAC